AUGAUGAACAAUAAUAUUGACAUUGUACACCCAUUAUUUGGUGACAUGAAGAAUGAUAAUGACAUUGUACACAUUAUUGGUAACAUGAUGAACAAUGAUAAUGACAUUGUACACAGUAUUGGUGACAUGAAGAAUGAUAAUGACAUUGUACACAUUAUUGGUAACAUGAUGAACAAUGAUAAUGACAUUGUACACAUUAUUGGUGACAUGAAGAAUGAUAAUGACAUUGUACACAUUAUUGGUAACAUGAUGAACAAUAAUAUUGACAUUGUACACAUUAUUGGUGACAUGAAGAAUGAUAAUGACAUUGUACACAUUAUUGGUAACAUGAUGAACAAUGAUAAUGACAUUGUACAAAUUAUUGGUGACAUGAACAAUGAUAAUGACAUUGUACACAGUAUUGGUGACAUCAUGAACAAUAAUAUUGACAUUAAUGAUAAUGACAUUGUACACAUUAUUGGUGACAUGAACAAUGAUAAUGACAUUGUACACAUUAUUGGUGACAUCAUGAAGAAUGAUAAUGACAUUGUAUACAUUAUUGGUGACACCGUGAACAAUGAUAAUGACAUUGUACACAUUAUUGGUGACAUGAACAAUGAUAAUGACAUUGUACACAUUAUUGGUGACAUCAUGAAGAAUGAUAAUGACAUUGUACACAUUAUUGGUGACAUCAUAUUAAUAGUUGUUGAUCUUCUCAAUGGUGGUGCUAUCUUGAAUAAACCUUUUCAACCAUUUGAGGCUCAUAUACCAUAUCUCCUGCAGGUGUUUAUUGAUUAUAACUUGUAUGGUAUGAAUUUAAUAAACUUAGCUGCCGUGAAGUUCAGACGACCCAAACAAGAAGGGGAGACAUCAAAUCAAGUCUAUAGUCAAGGUAGUCAUAGUAACACUUCAGUCAUGACUCCUACAACACAGACAACGAUGAACUCCUCAGUCUGCAGUAACUUGUCUAUUGUGAGUCAUCAGUAUUGGGAUGCUGAAAAUAUUCCUCGUUCUCAGUUGCUUGAUGCUGACAUUGUCAGUCAGAGUGUAUGCGAAAUGGAAGUAGAUGCUGUAGCUGCCGAUGUCACUAACAGAUCAGAGAUACUAAGUAACAUAGGGACCAAUCCAGGACUUGCUUCAAUCUGGGAAGAUGAGAAACAGAGACGCCGUGAAAAGGGGGAAUCAUCUCAAAUACCAACGCCGUUGUCACCAGACAGAGAAGACUUUCCAUUGACAGAAACAGAAGAGAUGUACCAAGAGAGACUGAGAGAAGUUAUACAGGGAUAUGAAACAUUACUUGAAAGUCAAAUUGAAAAUGAAGAUAGUUUCAACCUAUCACAGGACACUAUUAUAUCUCAUGGAGAGUCGCUUCCAGUGUCACCACUAGGGGGCGCUAUGACUAGAACGCCAUCAUCAGUUGUUGAACUCCAUUGCUCACAGUUUGAAGGCAAAGAUAUUCCCACAGAUGAUGGAGAAAGCGAAGAUGAAGCCGUAAUCGAUGAGGAUGCCGUGAACAGUAUUCUUGAAACUAGUCAAAGUUUUAGAGAUUCCCCAAUCCCAGCAUCACAAAUACUAGCCGACACACAAGACAGGCAACUGGCCAAGAUAUUAGCACAACUUGCUGAUGAGAGUGGCUUGGAAGAUGACAGUAUACUAUCAGGGACAAGUCAAAGUCAGAAACUUGAAAGCAGCCAAUCAACCCCUCAGAAUUUACAACAGAAAGAAGAGAAUGAAAGGGAGCUGGAAGAAAGUAUAUUGAUGUCGCAGAUAUGGGAUGACCCUGACGAGGAUGAAGUGCUUUCUAAGCAACAGGAGGAUAGUGUUGAUGAUGAUGGUGAUUAUGUUAUUCCACAAGUUGAUGGUGGUGCAGAUGAUAAAACAGAAUCUGAAACAUCUAAUCCGAAGAAGAUAUGUGGAUUAGAAAAGACCAACAUGCGAACUGCAGAAGAUGGAACAGAACAGUGUGAUACAAAUAAAUGUGAGAACAAAGUUGUGAUGGAUAAUAACUUAGAUGGUUUCUCUGAAAUAGACACAACAGCUCAGAAGACGUUUCUGAACUUGGACAAUAUUAACUUGGCUAAUUUGCAGGAGGACUCUGUUGUGAUAAGUCCAAGCAAGGUUAAAUCUACUACCUCAUGUCAGAAAAGCAAGAAACGUUACAGCCAUUUGAGUGGGAAUGUGACUCCUAGAAAAAAAUCUGUGUCUAAAACUAUAUUAAGUACACCUCCUAAAGAUGACACCUUAUCACUGGAGUCGAUGCUGACUAAUGUUAGACGAUCAGCUUCUAAGAUUUCUAUGACCAUUCCAUCUAUUGAUUUAGAACCCGUUGUGUUAGGUAGUAAACCACCAAUGUGCAAGAACACUAAACAGCAGAGUCUACGAAUGGAGCAAAAAAGAGCAAAACUGAGCAGGAGGCGGCAGCUUGUGUCUGAUUUUCCAUGUGAACGUAUGCAAUUACUUUGUCCUGAAGAUAGUAAUCUCCCAAUUUCAGUAACUUUGCCAGUCACUCAAGAAAAUUCCAUUUUUUCCAAUCAAAGUGUGCCUAUAAACAUUGGGGAUGGAAAUAUACCAUGUACUGAUAAAGCAUUGCCUGUGGUUGAUCAGAAUCAGCCAAAAAAUGACGAUGUCAGUAUUGAUGACAUCCCUGUGAAAGUAGUUACCCGGAGAAGUAGCAGAAGAUCUAAACAGUCAUUAAUGAGACGGCGACUGUCUUUAUCCAGUGACAGUAGUAUGAGUGAGAGUAAUUGGAAUCGUAGAAGUGAUGAAGAUUACAGAGAAGAUGAAGAAGAUGCUGAAGAUGAUGAUUUUGUUAUAGAAACAAAAACACUUAGGUCAAGAAAAAAGACCAAACCAAAGAAACAAGGCACUGAUUGCACUAGUAGACCAUAUACGUUACGAACAAAAAGAACGCGAAGUUCAACCGAAGUAGAUGUUUCUUUGAAAUACCCCGCUGACAAUAUGAGUGUUACUUCCUGCAAGUCUGAGAAAUCUGAAAAAUCAGUCAGGUCUGAAAAGUCAACGAGGUCAGACAAGUCAGGUAAAUCGGAAAAGUCUGAGUCCUCUGAUGUUUGCACACCACCGCGAAAAAGGAAAAAAGGAGAGGCGAUUCCCGGCAUCCAUUACAUAAUUGUUAAUAAAUUCAAAGGCUAUAAAACAAUGAGGGUUCUGGUAAACAGAGUAAAACCAAUUUCCUCUGUUAAGGUCACCAAGAAGAUGCUCCAGGAGAUAAAAGAAGGUUUUGAGAAGGAGAAAAUUAGGGUCAGACCAUCAUUGCCAAAUAAAGAAGUUACCAUUCAUCAGAUUAAAAAAAGAAGAACCAAUUCACAAGGUUCUGGUCAGACCAAACAGGGUAAGGAGAAGGGUAAAGAUAUUGAGAGAAAAGAAACUGAUGAUACUGAUGGUGGUGAUGACGACGAUGUGGGUCUUGAAAAAACUUCAAUUCCAGAAGGAGAUGAAGAAGGUGUUUUUCCAAGGAGACAGAAACCUAUCUAUGUUAGGCAGUACUCUGGAAAGUUCCCAGAGGCAAAGAUGCAGGCUGAUCUGGUGUUUUUUGAUCGCUAUGAAUUUGAUAAGAAUAGUGAUGGUUCACAAGGAGAAGAGGGUAUCCAAGAAAAAGAGGGGAACUUGAGAAAAGAGAACUCUGAUGCUGCAACAGAGAAUGAGAACCAAAAGAGAACUAGGAAGCUUCGUACAUGUACAAGAAGGAAAUCAUCAAAGUCUUCUGAGACAAAGCACAGGAGAAGGUCUUUACGUCCCAAUGAUAGUCAUUUUGAACCAAUGUUUGAUGAAGAGCAUGAUGAUAGUAAUACAAUAUUAAUGGACACAAUGUGGACUUUGUCUUAUUACUCUCCUCACAACUCUGACAGUGGGGAGAUGUCACCACCAAGAUGCUGGUCACCGGCUGCUAAGGAUCGUAUCAAGGGUUCUCGUGGGAGGGGCAAAUCUAAUCGAGGACGCUCUAAAAGUCCCAAGAGUCCCCGACGCAAAGGUUCCAGUCCCAGGAGUUGUGAAGACGAAGACACCAAUGCAUUAUUGAGUGAUCUACAUGAAGUCUUAUAUAAUGCAGAAGGUUUGGAUGUGCGGGUUGACAAGGAGUCAAUGAUCAAAGAAAUUGAAAACUUUGAAAAAAUUCCUGAAGAUGCCUUUGAAGAAACUAUCUCGCAUUCUAUAGGGAAAAUUGACUACAUUGACUCAAUCAUUAGAGAUUGUAGCAGUGCAAACUCUGUUGAAAGUAGUAGCUCUGUUGCAAAAAACAAAAAAGUCAAAGGCAAAGGUAAGGUGAAGAAGGGAAAAGGGAAAAGCAAAGGAAAAUCAAGUGCUGGACAGGGUUGCCCAAAGAUGUGCACAACUCCACCUGUAACAACUGCAUCAGGAGGUAAUACUGAGUACACACAAGCAAGUUCUGUUGGAGCUCCAAUCCAAGUAAACCCUUUAUCAGCUGUUGGACAAAGCACGAGUCAAAUGCCUUCUCGAUCUUCUGGGGUACAAAACCAACCACCUCCUCCUUACCAAGCACCAAGACCCCCUUUCAGUGGCUUCUCUGAAAAUCAAAGCUAUUCACAAAGAAAUCAGUAUCCACAGUCUACUUUCAUGGGGCCAAAUACCAGUACAAACACUUAUCAAACAUCAUAUCCGAAUAAUUACCAACAGCAACAAAGCAGUACAUUUCCUCAACAGGGGUAUUCCAGAGACAGACCUGGACCCCUUCGCAUGCCUUCUCAGCAAAGUAACCAGGUUCAAUACGACCUUAUGUCACCACCAUACAUGGAGUCAGACCCAAACACUUCAUACUCAUCUCAAGGGAAUUUUUCUGAGUUCAGGAAUAAUCAAUAUUCCCAGGAUAGAAUGCAUCUGGCCCCAACAACUCCAACUCCGAUGGUUGGACAACCAUCUCCAAGUUACAAUCAAGUGACAAGUGGAGUCAAUAAAUAUGGAUUGUCAAAUCAGGAUUCAUUCAAUAACUAUAACUACAUGGGGGGACAACAACAGCCGCAGCAAGGUUACAUGCCUAACAACCCUAAUUAUCACAGGUCCAGGUCAUACAGCCAUGAGGAAAUGAAGAAUACCUCUGUUCCUGGAAAUGGCUACACCCAGUCGUCUCUGACUCAGUAUGGAUCACUAAGUGCCAGUCGUACAGCCUCCAGGAGCAUGUCUGAACCUUACAAUCAAACUAACAUGACUCAGUAUGGCAACUCCUAUCCGACAUCUGCCCAGGGAGAUCCACACCACGUUUCACCAGUGCCUGCAGAUUUCUACAAGGGUUCUGAUUCUCAGCAACAUAGUGGCCAGAUAACUGAUGAUGACCAUAUGAGGUCUAAGGAAAUGGGCAGUGAAAAAAAAAAGCUGAAUGCCACUGAUGUGGGAAGUCAGUUUUCUAAAGCCAGUGUUCAGAGCAAUAUUAGUGGAGAAAGUGGGAAAAGGUGUAUUUCGGGGAUAUGUGACAAGGACAUGUGGGAUGAACAUGAUUGUAGUUUGACUCCUGCUCAGAGGAAUCAGGACAACCGUAGUCCUUCAUUGAGUGUAACAGAUUCUCAAAAAAGUGAAAAUAGUAUUUCAUGUAUUACUGCCAAAAUGAAAGACAGUAAAUCAUCAGAAAAUAAAGGUUUACAAAAAAAACUUGUUUCUAUCAAGGACUGGUGCAUCAAAAUGGACAGUCCAUCAGGACUGAAUAAAAGUACUGAUUCUUCAACCGGCAGUUUAAAAUCAUUGGAGGACAUGGAUGUUGAUCAGAGAUGUGAAGAGAAGCUGUCGUUAAUACUUCACACUGACAGUGAAAUAUCAGAAGAUAGUCCUGAGAUGAUGAGGAGUAGAAAUAAAUCUGAAAAUGUGAUGGAGAUCGAAAAAGCUCCAUCAUUAGUUUUGGACAAAAAUCCCAUGACUAAUGGUGAAUUGCAGACUCAACUUCCAGGAACUUUACCUUUUAACGUGACCAGUGUACAGGAGCCAACUUCUCCAACACAACCAGAUCAGGACUAUGAUUCCAUGAGUUUACAACCUGGCCAGAAAUCAAAUUCUUCUGUGUCAUCAUCAAAAAUAAAUAAAUUUGUUUCAGUAAACUCUUCACAGAGGGGUGGUGAUUUGGACGUGGGUGGGGCACCCCCAUCACAACUGAGUUCAUCCCAGCUUUUAUCUUGUCAAAACUCUAUGAAAAUUUGGACUCCUGCUGAUAAUCCACCAACGACUGAUCAUGUUAAAAAGAGUCUACAGGAAUAUGAUCUUCCAACAGUUCGGCACAAGAAAGCCUACUUCAGUGAUCCAAGAGAUUUGCCUGAGAAGUCUAGCGAAGUUGGUGGAAGACAGACUAAGUUGCACUCUGUUCUUCCCAUGGAGCUACCAGAGUUUGAGAGUAAAUUGUCCCAUAAAGGUCUUGGGAAUUGGAAGACUGUUAUUGCUACCACAGAAGCCAUGAUACAUGGAACACAGUAUGUUAGUGCCAGUGAUAACAUUAUUGAAGAGAUAGAAAAAAAUCCACAUUUGAAAGCAGCUUACAUGGGGAAUCAGAUUGCAGUAUUAACACCUGCUAAAGCACCACCGCCCAAGGUGAAGGUUCAGGCGUGGCUUCAGGAGAAGAUUACCAACAAGUUGAAGCUGAAUCAAAAGUCUCAAAAGGAUAAUCAAGAGGAUAAAAUUGAACUUGUAUAUGAGGAGAAUAAUGAUGAAAAUGUUGAGGAUAAUAAAAUAUUAGAUAAAACACCAUGUGAGGUGGAUCAGAGUAGUAAAUUGUGUCAGAGUUUUGAAUCAGAAUCUGACUCUGAAGAGGAAGAUACUUCUGUUGAUGUUAUAAGUCCUUCACCAGAAGCAAAAAAACGUAGGUCUUCCCUUUUUCUGUUUUCACGCUACCAACAAAGUUUGCAGGAUCCAAAUAGUAAUGCAACACCAGUGAAAAGUGCAUUCCAUGACGUUACAGCGAGAAAGAGGAAAAGUGAACAAUCUCCAAUAACUGUAUCACAGGAACAUGCAUCUACACCCACUGGGUUAUCAAGGGCAAUACUGGGAGAUGCUUCUUCAUUUUCUGGUCCACAGCAUAGCACACCAACCAGACUAUCACGACCAAUGCAGCUGACUUUACCAAGUUGCACACCCAUACAUUCACUGCGUGAAGGUGAAAGUGAAGGACAACCAUUGAAGGCUAAACUUUGGGAAAAAAAGUCUAGUGGAACAAAGAAUUUACGGAGAGCAUUAUUAUCCAGUCAGUUAAAGCAUCAGCUUGUGACCCCAGUGAAUCGCCAACUGUCAGACGUCUCUCAGAUUGAUGGAGCCACUCCUAAUAACACAUGUGGUUUUAAAGUUAGUAUGCAGAAUUUACAGGAUGCCAAAUCAGUGCAAGAGGUUCAGCACCUCACUACUAUGAUCAUGGAAUUACAGAUCAGAACUCGAAGAGAUUUCCAUCCAGAUCCGGAGAUGGAUCCCAUUCAGGCCAUCUUUUACCAAAUCCACUCAGAUUUCCCUGCAGCAUCUGGAAUGAAAGCUGAUAUCACUGGUGUCAUUGUAGUAGAUCCCAGCUUAGCCAAUCAAAAAGCAGCUGACAGCGACCCUAGCCCAUCCAUAGUAACUCCAUGUUGCCAAGGCCAAAGGUCAUUGUUAAAUAGGUCAGGGGUGAAUGAUCUUGAGGUUGACUAUGUGACAGCCGAGAAAACCAUAUUUAUUGAACUUCUGAAACUUGUCAGAAAAUGGGAUCCAGACAUACUAGUUGGUUAUGAAAUCCAGAUGUUGUCAUGGGGAUUCCUUUUAAAAAGAGCAGCCAUUUUCGAUAAUGAUUUCUGUCCAAAGCUAUCAAGAAUUCCAGACUGCAAGAGAGACAGUCACUUUUCAUCAGGUCGUGAUGAAUACAGAGCCAAUCAUUUGUCAGAAAUUCAUAUCGCUGGGAGAAUAGUUAUUAAUUUAUGGCGUCUGAUGCGCCAUGAGGUUACUUUAAAUAUUUACAAUUAUGAAAAUGUUGCAUUUCACGUCCUCCAUCAGCGUCAUCCACGAUAUUCAUUCCGUACAUUGUCUGACUGGUUUGAUCAUAAAACCGAUCUUUACAGAUGGAGAACAGUUGAAUACUACACAUUACGGGUCAGAGGUCAACUUCAGAUAUUAAGUCAGCUGGAUUUGAUUGGUAGAACCAGUGAGUUAGCGAGGUUGUUUGGGAUUGAAUUCUAUCAUGUCUUGUCAAGAGGAUCUCAAUAUCGUGUUGAAUCAAUGAUGUUACGAAUUGCUAAACCAAUGAAUUACAUAGCUGCAUCUCCCAGUGUACAACAGAGGGCAAGGAGUAAAGCACCAGAGUGUAUACCAUUGAACAUGGAGCCAGAAUCCAGUUUCUAUUGUGAUCCAGUUUUGGUGUUAGAUUUCCAGUCUCUUUAUCCCACUAUGAUGAUUGCAUAUAAUUAUUGUUUUUCAACGUGUCUAGGAAGAGUCAAGUACAUAGAAGAAGGUGGAGAAAUUCCAUUGGGAUGCUUGUCUUUGAAUAGUUCACCUGGGUUGAUACGAAAACUGCAAAAGAAAGAUGGCAUACAUGUGUCACCCAAUGGUGUGGCUUUUAUCAAACGGAAUGUCAGGAAAGGUGUACUCCCUAGUAUCAAUGAAUUAACUCAUUCACAGGGUUUAGAAAGACUGCUAAAUGCUCGUCAGCUUGGAUUGAAAUUAAUUGCUAAUGUGACAUAUGGUUAUACCUCUGCUAAUUUCUCUGGUAGGAUGCCAUUGAUUGAGAUUGGUGACAGUGUUGUAAGAAAAGGACGUGAAACUCUAGAAAGAGCCAUACAGCUGGUAGAAAACACACCAAAAUGGGGAGCUAAAGUUGUCUAUGGAGAUACUGAUAGUAUGUUUGUGUUGUUGAAAGGUCGAAGUAAAGAUGAAGCCUUCAAGAUUGGACACGAAAUAGCAGCUAAAGUGACAGCCGAUAAUCCAAAACCUGUGAAGCUAAAAUUUGAAAAGGUAUAUUUACCCUGUGUUCUACAAACAAAGAAGAGAUAUGUUGGCUAUAGUUAUGAGACUGAAGAUCAGAAGGAACCUGUCUUUGAUGCCAAGGGUAUUGAGACAGUUAGAAGAGAUGCUUGUCAAGCUGUUGCCAAGAUCCUGGAGAGGUCGUUAAAACUACUGUUCAAUACAAAAGAUGUGUCGCAAGUAAAGAAGUUUGUACAGCAUCAGUUUCAGAAGAUAUCUGAAGGCCGUGUUGGAAUGCAGGAUUUGAUAUUUGCUAAGGAGUACCGUGGCAUGGCAGGGUAUAGGCCUGGUGCAUGUGUACCUGCACUGGAAAUAUCCAAACGUUUGCUAUCUGUAGACCGUUGUGCAGAGCCCAGAGUCGGUGAGAGAGUUCCGUAUGUUAUUGUAUAUGGAAGCCCAGGUUUACCUUUAAUACAGCUGGUGAGAAGACCUGUGGAAGUUUUACAGGACAGUAAUUUACGAUUAAAUGCAACAUACUAUAUAAGUAAACAGAUUCUUCCGCCAUUAAAUCGGGUGUUUUCUAUGAUGGGGAUUGAUGUGAACACUUGGUAUAGUGAAUUGCCAAAAGUCAUGAAAGUACCUUCUUUUAGUGGACAGACGUCACUCCGAAAGGGUACUAUAUCCCAGUACUUCAAUGCCAUGAAUUGUCCAGUAUGCGGUGAAUUAACUCAACAAUUGUUGUGCAGCACAUGUCAGACAGACCCUCAGAGAGUCACAGUGGUGUUGAAUACAAAGAUACAUGAAUGGGAUCAGAAUUACUACAAUUUAUCUAAGAUCUGCUAUAACUGUUGUGGAAGCAAUGAUCCUACUCUUGUAUGUGUAUCAAUGGAUUGUCCUGUGCUCUUCAAAAUAUCCAAAGCUAACAGAGAUAUAUUAAAAUCAGAAAAUCUACGCGAACUACAAACAAGCAUGCUGGAGUUUUGAAGUGCCCUCUGGUGUCCUGCUGGGAAAUUGGGAGAGACUGAUUUGUUAUUCAGAAUUUCUGCAUCAAACCUUCUUCUGUUGCCGC